GCGUCAUCUGUGAGCGUCUAGUACGAAAGUUUAUAUUUGUACUUUGUCGUUGAACAUUGGCAUUUUUCUCGUAUCGCAUCGCAAUGGAAGAUAAGAACGCAUCUGGUAAUGCUGCGGCUACGGAAAACGCAGCUGCUACAACGCCUGCGAAGAAGAGCGCGAAAUCUAAAGCAGCAAAGACGCAGCGCCCAAAGUCGAAUCAUCCGCCGACUUCGGAGAUGGUCACAUCUGCCAUCAAGGAGCUGAAAGAUCGCAAGGGUUCAUCCGUGCAGGCAAUCAAGAAAUACAUCGCUUCCACUUACAAAGUCGAUGGAGAGAAGUUUGCUCCCUUCAUCAAACGAUACCUUCGAACAGCGGUUAUAUCUGGUGCGGUGGUGCAAACCAAGGGAAAAGGCGCGUCAGGCUCAUUUAAGCUCGCGACUACCAAAUCCUCUCCGAAGAGUAAGGUGAAGCGUGCAGCACCGAAACCUAGCUCCGACGUGAAAAAGACGACCGAAAAAGUUACAAAGAAAGCUCCUGCAACUAAAAAAGCCGCUGAAACUAAGAAGACAACGGCUGAGAAAAAGCCGGCAUCUCCCAAGAAAACCGCUAAGACUGCAGCAACUAAGAAGGUCGAAGCCGCAGCUAAACAAAAGGCUGCUGCACGUAAGAAUCUGUCUAAAACGAAGAAAGCCAUCAAAGCUCCAGCAGCAAAAACCAAGACUCCAAAGCCAAAAACCACCAAGGCAGCAACAACAAAAGCGUCAAAAGCAAAAAAAUAAUUUUGAUUCCUCUAAUCUAAAACUGAUAAAAAAAAAACUGGCCCUUUUCAGGGCCCCAAAUUGUUAUACGAUGGAACAAUCUGCUCGCAAUAAUCAAAAUUUCCUUUU